AUGACAUGCAAUCCAGACUGGGUUGAGAUACAAGAAGAAUUAAAACAAGGACAAGUUCCACAAGAUAGACGAGAUCUUACAGCCAAGAUAUUUCGAGCAAAGUUACAUGAUCUAAAAGAUCAAUUAUUCAAGAAAGGGAUCCUUGGUAAAGUGGCUGCACACGUACAUGUUGUUGAAUUUCAAAAAAGGGGGCUUCCACAUGCACACAUACUGAUAAUUAUGCACAAGGACUUCAAGAUAACAAAUGCUGAUGUUUUUGAUAAAUUUGUAUGUGCAGAAAUUCCAGAUUUUAAUGAAGAUCCAGUUUUAUAUGAGAAAGUUAUGAAACAUAUGAUGCACGGACCCUGUGGAGAUUUGAAUAAACUAAAUGCUUGUAUGAGGAAUGGAGUGUGUAAGAGUCGAUAUCCUCGUUCAUUUAUUGAAAAUACCAUGCAAGGUAAAGAUUCUUACCCUAUUUAUAGACGAAGAAAUACUGGAAUACAAGUUAAGGCAGUAAAGUACCUAUACAAAUAUGUUUAUAAAGGACAUGAUCGUGUGGCUGUUUCUAUAUCACAUGGUAAUGGAGAAUAUUUACUUGAUGAAAUCAAGCAAUAUAGAGAUGCAAGAUGGAUACUUGUUUAUUGUGAGCUUGGUGAUGUUAGAAAGCUAUGGAGUAAUCAUUAUGAAGCAUUGUCUGAAGACAUUAAGAAAACAAGUGCAGAUUCUGAAUAUUAUACAUUAGAAACAAUAAGAAGUGUGAAUUCUUUCUUACAAAGCAUGGGAAAAAGUGACAAAGAUUAUGAUUUGUCCCAACUUAAAGAAAAUUGCAAUCAGUUAAAUGGAAAGCAACCAAGAGAAAUUGUAGAUGAAUUUUCUAUAAAAGUUCCUCCAGAAGAUUAUGAUGCGGCAAAUAAGUUGAAUCCCGAGCAAUACAAUGCAUACAAUGAAAUUCUAAACCAAGUGAAUGAUAGCCAAAGUGGCAUUUUUUUAAUUGAUGGGCUAGGAGGUACAGGAAAGACAUUUUUAUAUCGUGCACUACUUGCAACGAUAAGAUCAAAGAAUCAAAUUGCUCUUCCAACAGCAACCUCAGGGGUAGCAGCUGCAAUAAUGCCAGGAGGUAGGACAGCUCAUUCAAGGUUUAAAAUUCCAAUAAGUAUCGAUGAUUCAAGUGUUUGCAAUUUUUCAAAGCAAAGUGCCACAACUAAGUUAAUAAGAAAAGCAAAACUUAUCAUAUGGGAUGAAGCGCCAAUGGCAAAACGUCAAGCAAUUGAAGCGUUUGAUAGGACAUUGCAGGAUAUAACAAACAACUCAGAACCAUUUGGAGGAAAGGUUGUCAUAUUCGGAGGAGAUUUUAGGCAAGUACUUCCAGUGGUUCCUCGUGGUACGAGAACAGAAACUGUGGAUGCAAGUUUAGUAAUGUCAUAUUUAUGGCCAAAAAUGAAGAAAUUGCAAUUGACAACCAAUAUGAGGGCAAUCAGUGAUUCUUCUUUCAGUGAAUUUCUAUUAUGUGUCGGUAAUGGGGAAGAUCCAACUGAAUAUGAAGAUUUGAUUCACAUAUCAAAUGAAAUGGUCAUAAAAUAUGACGAUGAAAAAAAAUCUGAAGAUGAGUUGAUAAAUGCAAUAUUUCAUGCAUUACAACAGCAUGCAUAUUCGACAGAAUACAUUACACAACGAGCAAUCUUAGCUACAAAGAACGAAACAGUAGACAAAUUAAAUGACAAACUUAUUGAUCUAUUUGCAGGAGAUAGUGUUACAUAUUAUAGCUUUGAUUCAGCAAUUGAUGAUGUAGAAACUCAAUAUCCAGAAGAAUUCCUCAAUUCAUUGGCUCCGAAGGGACUUCCACCUCAUAAAUUAGUUUUGAAGAAGAAUUGUCCAAUAAUGAUUUUAAGGAAUUUGAAUCCUUCACAUGGAGAAUGUAAUGGAACCCGUAUGAAAAUGAAGGAUAUCCUUUCCAUUUGA